GGGAAAGGCUUCCCAAGUGGACGUAUUCCAUAUUUUUAUACGUAUACAAAUUGAGUAGGUAAUUCUUUUAGUUCUCUUUUCUUUCUGAGUUUACCGCUGUUCUUUGGAACUCGUAUAAUGGCGCAGCGGCGGCCGUCGCCUGCAGAAACCUCGGACGCCUUUGAACCCGAUCACCUCAUUAGUCCAGCUCACUUACUCCAUACAUACGCAUAUACGAAACUACGCGUUCCCGCUCAGUCCGUUAACAGACUUUGUUGCGUACGCACCCCUUCAUAGAAAACAGAAGAAAUUCGAAAGUUUGGUUCGGGGUACAAUAACAUUGCGCAAGCGAUGGCGGCGGAAACUCACGAGGACGCGAUAGCGACAUCCUGCGGGCGACCGUGGCCCUAUUGAUAUCACCUAUCACUCGUUUGUAUGCAAAUUCUUCGUGCAGGUGUUAACGUUCAGUGUUGUUGUUGAAGUUGAUGUGACAUCACACGUUCGGAAAAUGUUCCGGAGCAGGAAAGGGCAGGCGAUCAGCGAGGCUGAUGUCCGCCGGGAACAGGCGCUCGGGUAUCAGAACCGGUCAAAUGUCAGCGGUUCGCGCCUCCGCGUUCGUCGCGGGUCGAGUUUGACGGAUUUGGAUAAGUUGCGUUGUGGGGGAGGAUCUAGCGGGGGUGGUUCCAUUGGGGAUUUGAUGAACAUGUUCAGUGGUAGUGUGAAUUCUGUCGGGAGUGAUACUUUGGUGGCUAGGACUGUGCCGUUGGAGACUGUUCGUCGCAAUGUGCCCCCUGUGUCAGCCCCGCCAUCGCGCCCGCCUUCGUCACCGCAUAUCCAUGUGUCCAGACCCGUGGGUCCGCUGACGAUGGCUCAGCGUACUCUAAGAUUUAGCCGACUGUUGAAGUACCAACCUUGUUCCGCCGACGUUCUUAUUACUCUGUUAUCAUAUAUUGUGACGAGAAGGUGA